GAGAGAGAGAGUGGAGUGGAGGUAUAUAUGAGAGGAGAGGAGAAAAGGGGAGAGCUGAGGGUGAAGCACAAGCUGCCCACCUCCCAUUCGCAUCUCGCUAUCCUAUGGAUAGAGCCGCCGCGACAGCCAUAGAUAUCGUCGUCAUGAUCCCGUCCUCGCCUUCGCCUUCGCCUUUGUAGCACCACCUCCAUCUCCACCUCCUCCGUGCAGCUGAGACCCAACCAAAAGCUGCUUCCUUUUCUUCUUCUUGGGAUUGGGAUCCCCCCCCCCUCCCUUCCUCGGCUCCGUUUCUUGCCAUGGCCGAAAUGGCAGUCACCGCCGCCCUCCGGCCCUGCUCCGGCGUCUCGCCGGCGGUGUCCGGGACCAGCCACCGCCGCCGCCGCCCCGCCGCGUGGCGGGCUCUCGCGCCGCCGCCGCCGCACGCUGGGCUGAGGCUGUCCUCUCCUGCUGUCAGGGUUCCUAGAGCUGCUUCCUCUGCGGCUGUCGAGCAGGAUGGGAGCUCUAGCAACACUGACACAGUUCCUACCCCGAAAGUUAUAAUAGAUCAAGACUCAGAUCCGGAUGCGACCAUUGUAGAGAUAACUUUGGGUGACCGUCUCGGUGAUCUUCUUGAUACCAUGAAUGCCCUGAAGAAUUUAGGGCUAAAUGUUGUGAAAGCUAGCGUCUGCCUCGAUUCUACUGGCAAGCAUAUUAAGUUAGCUAUAACAAAAUUGUCGACUGGUCGCAAAAUUGGUGAACCAGAGUUGUUAGAAGCAGUACGGCUGACAAUUAUAAACAACAUGAUUCAGUACCACCCAGAAGCUAGCAGCCAAUUGGCUCUGGGUGCAACUUUUGGUCCAGAGCCCCCUACAGAACUGGUUGAUGUGGACAUAGCAACCCACAUAGACAUAUAUGAUGAUGGCCCUGACAGAAGCUUACUUGUAGUGGAAACAGCUGACCGACCAGGUUUGUUGGUUGACCUUGUUAAGAUCAUUGAUGACAUCAACAUCACCGUCCAAUCUGGAGAAUUUGACACUGAGGGCCUACUGGCUAAAGCAAAAUUCCAUGUCAGUUAUAGGGGUAAACCAUUGAUCAAAGCCUUGCAGCAGGUUCUUGCUAAUAGCUUGCGCUAUUUCUUGAGGAGGCCGACGACAGAGGAGGGCAGUUACUAGGCAGAUAAAUACAGGAAGCCCCCCACCUUCAGAUACUUUGUGAUACAUGGAUUUGAUACCAUCAUCAAAAUUAUUCUUGAAAUAUGCAAACAAUUUAUCAAAAGCUUGGAGGUAUACUUGAUCUUAUGGCUUAUACAAAUUUAAGCUGUUCCCAUUUGAAGGUAGGACAUCUGCUGUAUUAACUGCAGAAGCCUUCCAAGAUUACAUGCUAGUGCGAUUCUCAAGCAUGUGACACUUGAUAAUUUUGGUAUUUAGGAUGCAUGUUUGAUGGUAAAUAAGAAAGCAAGUUGGGGGGCCAUGCAUCAACUGUUCUGGUGAAAUGUAGCUGUAUUGUUCUCUCCAUUAUCUGAUUAAUAAAGAUUACCAAUAAAUAAAUGUGGUGAAAGAUUUGACAAUUUA